AUGUUGAAAAACUUCAUUGUCGUUUGGGCAUUUCUUAUAGUAUUUGCUUACGCAAAUGUUAUUUAUCCAAGAAAUGAAUUUGAAUUUAAUGAAGUCUUGAUACAAUUUUAUCCGCCGAAGUCUACUGCUGAAACGAUUAAAAAUUGCGGAACCGCUGAUGACAUACUAACUAUUACGCGCCUCGAGAUAACUCCAGACCCUCCAGAAAAAGGUCAUGAACUUAACAUUAGUGCCGCUGGAUAUUUAUCUGAAACUGUUGUGCAGGGCAGUUAUAUUAACUUAACAGUCAAGUUCGGCUUGAUUAAGCUUUUAAAGAAGACACUUGACUUGUGUGAACAAGUCGAAAAAGUGAAUAAGAAAUGUCCAUUAGAAGAGGGUGAACAAACUUUAGAGCACACCGUUGAACUGCCAAAGGAAAUUCCUCCGGGAAAAUAUUUUGUUGAUGUCCAAGUUUAUACUCCAGAACAUAAACGCAUUGCUUCCACUGCAAUACUUCGCAAGAAGCCUGCACCGAACAAACUCAUUGUUGAAGAUGCAACAAACGAUGAUAACUCUGUAAUGUCUCUUUCUACGGCAACCAUGGAGAAGUUACAACUUUUCCGUGGUGAUACCGUAUUGAUCAAAGGAAAAAAGAGACGUGACACCGUAUUGAUCGUUUUGGCUGAUGAUAGUUGUGAAGAUACAAAAGUAAAAAUUAAUAGAGUCGUACGAAAUAAUCUUCGAGUACGUCUCGGUGACGUGGUAUCGAUCAAUCCCUGCACCGAAAUUAAAUACGGAAAACGUGUUCAUGUCCUGCCAAUCGAUGAUACGAUUGAAGGUGUAACGGGCAAUUUAUUUGAUGUAUACCUAAAACCAUAUUUCUUAGAAGCAUAUCGACCUGUGAGGAAAGGUGAUUUAUUCUUGGUUAGAGGUGGUAUGAGAGCUGUUGAAUUUAAAGUUGUCGAAACAGAUCCGCCGGACUAUUGUAUCGUUGCACAAGAUACUGAAAUAUAUUGUGAAGGUGAUCCGAUUAAACGUGAGGAUGAAGAAGCCAAUCUUAAUGAUGUCGGUUACGAUGAUAUUGGUGGAUGCCGUAAACAAAUGGCUCAAAUCCGUGAACUUGUUGAACUUCCACUUAGACAUCCUCAACUAUUCAAAUCAAUUGGUAUCAAACCACCACGUGGUAUUCUUAUGUACGGUCCCCCGGGUACGGGGAAGACCCUCAUAGCCCGUGCUGUGGCUAACGAAACUGGUGCAUUUUUCUUCUUGAUUAAUGGUCCUGAAAUUAUGUCAAAAAUGGCCGGUGAAUCUGAAAGUAAUUUAAGAAAAGCAUUCGAAGAAGCUGAGAAAAACAGUCCGGCUAUCAUUUUCAUUGAUGAAAUAGAUGCUAUUGCUCCAAAGCGUGAGAAGACUAAUGGUGAAGUAGAACGUCGUGUCGUAUCUCAACUUCUUACACUUAUGGAUGGUAUGAAGGCACGAUCAAAUGUUGUCGUAAUGGCUGCCACCAAUCGCCCAAAUAGUAUUGACCCUGCUCUUCGAAGAUUUGGUCGUUUCGAUCGUGAAAUCGAUAUUGGUAUUCCAGACCCUACUGGUCGUUUGGAAAUUUUACGUAUCCAUACAAAGAAUAUGAAAUUAGAUGAGGAUGUAGAUUUGGAACAAAUUGCAUUCGAAACUCAUGGUUAUGUCGGUUCAGAUAUAGCAUCUCUCUGUUCUGAAGCUGCAAUGCAACAAAUCCGUGAAAAGAUGGAUUUAAUUGACUUGGAAGAUGACACAAUUGAUGCUGAAGUCUUAGAUUCAUUAGCCGUCACGAUGGAUAAUUUCAAAUAUGCUUUGGGUGUGUCCAAUCCAUCCGCUUUACGAGAAACAGCCGUAGAGGUCCCAACAGUCUCAUGGAAAGACAUUGGUGGACUCGAAAAAGUCAAACUAGAACUUCAAGAAACUGUGCAAUACCCUGUAGAACAUCCUGAAAAAUUCGUCAAAUUUGGUAUGUCACCCUCAAAAGGUGUAUUAUUCUAUGGUCCUCCAGGGUGUGGUAAGACAUUAUUGGCUAAAGCCAUUGCCAAUGAGUGUCAGGCCAAUUUCAUUAGUAUUAAGGGACCCGAGUUAUUGACUAUGUGGUUUGGUGAAUCUGAGGCGAAUGUUCGAGAUGUCUUUGAUAAAGCCCGUGCUGCUGCUCCAUGUGUAAUGUUCUUUGAUGAAUUGGAUUCGAUCGCAAAAGCUCGUGGAUCCAAUUUGGGUGAUGGUGGCGGUGCUGGUGACCGUGUUCUUAAUCAAAUCCUUACUGAAAUGGAUGGUAUGAACGCUAAAAAGAAUGUAUUUAUUAUCGGUGCCACAAAUCGCCCAGAUCAAAUUGAUCCGGCUCUGCUUCGUCCUGGUCGUCUUGACCAAUUGAUUUAUAUUCCUCUACCUGAUGAGUCAUCGAGGUUAUCAAUUUUGAAAGCCACAUUACGAAAAUCACCUGUAUCUGACAAGGUUGAAAAACAUUUGAGUUAUUUAGCCAAGAAAACCGAAGGGUUCUCUGGUGCUGAUUUGACAGAAAUUUGUCAACGUGCAUGUAAAUUGGCGAUCAGAGAAAGUAUCGAAAAAGAAAUAAAACGUGAUCGAGAACGAAAAGAGAUAACUGGUGAAGAAGCUACUAUGGAUGAAGAUGAGGAAGAUCCAGUCCCUGAAAUUACAAUUGCUCACUUCGAAGAAGCUAUGAAAUUUGCUCGUCGUUCAGUUUCUGAUAGCGACAUUCGCAGAUAUGAAAUAUUUGCCCAAAACCUUCAACAAUCUCGUGGCUUUGGAUUGAACUUUAAAUUCCCUGAAGAUUCUAGCGAAGGUCCUUCCACGGACGCACAAAUUGGUGGCAAUGCUAUGGAUGUUACUAGUACUACAUUCGGUCGGGAUGUUGAUGGUGAUGACGAUUUGUAUGCUUAA